AUUUUUGACUGACGUUUUUCUUUCUUCUUUUCUCCUAUUGAUUUUUUUUUUUAGUAAUCACAAAACUAUAUUGCUUUAAGUGUACAUAUUUCAGCUGAAAACUAACACCACAGUUCAAACGAUUGAUUAUUACUAUAUUAAUUAUAAUUACAAAUAUUUAAUCACUCAAUCAUUUGGUUCACGUUCAAGAACGCAGCAAUAAACACAUUGUUAUACGACAAUAAACACUGAAGAACUGCAACGGAAUAUAGUUUUUUUUUGCAAAAUCAUGCAAUCCGUGACAGUUCUUUUGUUUACUUCUAUUUUCUGACAGUAGUUCAAAUGAACAGUCAUCAGCUGGUUUUCGCUCAGAAACGUCACUCUGACAUGAGCUGUGUGUUAUUCUAUUUUUUCUUCAGCACAAAUAAAAAUCACUGAUAAAAACAGUAAAUAAAUAAGGGAACGAUUUAGUUUAGUAAAGGAAUGGUGAAGUGGGUGAAGUGAAUCAUCAUCAGAGUUAUUUAAAUGAGGACACUUGGCUGAAGUCCACUUCAUUGUAUUAAGAUGAUGACAAUGAGCUCGAGCUCCUCGACGACAUCUGGCUGUUUAUCAGUGGAAGAGACAUCAGAGGACCAUUUGCUACCGAUAACUUUAGCAGCUGAAGAGCUAAAGUUGGCUUUGAACAAGGAAGCAACAGAGGAAGAAUUGAACAAGGCUAUCAACAGAUGCAAAGAUCUUGUUUUGGAGUGUGAAAAUAUCUCAACAGAGCGUAAAUGGUUGGUGAGGCAUUUAAUUGAGCUUAGACUGAGGUUACAAGAGUGUAAGGAGGCUCAUUAUGAUCCUGAGCAUCCAAGGAACAAAAGCAGUGGAGCUUCCAAGAGAACAGUGAGGGGACAUCAUUUGCUGUUGCAGCCAUUUCUGAAGAACACUGCUAGUAAAUACUGUGAUCACUGCACUGGUGCCAUUUGGCAUCUAGUUCAGGCUUGGUAUAAAUGUGAGGAUUGUGGAUACAGUUGCCAUCACAAGUGUAUAGCUGGGAUAAUCAGAGAAUGCGCUCAUGUGACGAUAAGCGAGAGGGGAGAAUACGAGAGGAACAUUUGUCCCGAAGAAGGUCUUUCAGCUCAGCAAUAUCAAUGCGCCGAAUGUAAGGUGGUUUUGCCGAUAGCCUUACCGAAAGGACUUGCUUGCUUUGCAAGAUUUAUAUUCUCAGCAAUAGGAUGGUCGGACAAUGAAGUUAGACGUUGCGAUUACACCGGAAUGUAUUAUUGCUCUGCAUGUCAUUGGGGAGGAUCUGCCAUUAUACCAGCCAGAUUAAUGCACAAUUGGGAUUUCGUACCGCAGCCAGUCUCUCAAGCCAGCCUACAACUACUGAAAAUAACGGCGAACAGACCGCUGAUCAAUUUGGAGAAGCUGAAUCCCAGGUUGUUCUCGCUCGUCCACGAAUUGGAUUUGGUGAAGCGCAUCCGGAACGGUCUGAACGAGAUGCGAAAGUACAUUUCCAUCUGCAGAUUGGCACAAGAGGAUCACUUCCUCUGGAAGAACUCCGUCACUUCGCACUUGAUUGAAUCCCCCGAUCUGUACAGCAUGCAAGAUUUACUGGACACGAACACUGGUGAAUUGCCAUCGAAACUUUUGAAUCUGGCGUCGGUGUUCCUCAAGCACAUCAAGGAUGAUUGCGAAGUGUGCAGAGGACGUGGACACCUCUGCCAGAUCUGCUCAAACGAUGAAGUUCUCUUCACCUUCGACGACAAUGUCGUCAUUUGCAAAAUCUGCAACUCUGUGCUGCACAAGGUCUGUUACUUUCGUAAGAAUAACGAGUGUCCCAAAUGCGAGAGGCUGAGGAUCAGACACGAGAAACUGACGACAUACAAAUAUAGCGACGACGAUGAUAACGAUGACCUGUGAUACGCCGCCGUUUUAACUGCAGACGCUUCUUUUGAACGCUGUAUUUUAUGCAAUUUUUUAUAUAUUGACAAUUUUAUUUCGCAUGUUAUGUUUCCAUGUUUUAUGUUUAUCGUUGAAAUGUUGUACCUAAUAAAUGUAUUAAGUCUGCUAUACCUCAUCACCCAUA